AUGUGGGAUCUCUUGAUCAUCACGGCUGGCACUAUUGGUCAGAAAGAAGAUUUUGAACUUUUUCUUCAACAGAUGGAUCUAGCUUCUUUCACUAAUUCUUGGGCCGUUAUGUCAGAUGAUCCUUCGGAAUCUAGAAUAGGUUCUGGUGGUUGUAUGUUCUCUAUUAUUAGUCGCUUGAAGGCCCAGUACGAACAAGAUCUCCUCUCGAAAAAAAUACUGCUCAUCCAUUCUGGAGGGUUAUCACAGAGAAUGCCACAUCUCUCUUGUUAUGGAAAGGUAUUUGCCUAUUUACCCGGCGGUAAAACCAUUUUGGAGCUGAAGCUCAAGUCAUACAAGAAAUUCCCUUCGAUACUCGAACCCGGAUUACUUGUUGCUGCUUCAGACGUUCUAGAAGACACGACCAAUUUUCGGGAAGUCAAAGACUCUGACAUGAUUCUUUUCGCUAAUCAAUCUAGCUUGAAGACGGCUUGUCAACAUGGCGUUUUCGUUCUGGACAAUGAUGGAAAGCUUCAAUCUGUCCUACAAAAACCAACUGAAGCUCAAAUUAUCGCUCACAAUGCCCUUCGUCCGGAUGGGUCGGUGUUAACAGAUUGUUUUUACUGGAUGAGUUGGAGAAUCUGUGAGAAAUUAGGUGACUUGUACAGCCCAACUCUGAGAGAAGAAAUAUGUUGUUAUGGAGAUUUCAUGAGAUCAUUAGGAAGCAAGCCCUGUCUGUCAUAUUUAUCAGAAGGGACUAUGGAAUUACAGCUCUACCGGCAGCGACUGUCAUCGAUAUUUGCUGGAACAAAAGAAGAGCUGAUAGAUUUGGGUCCUCAAAGCUUUUACCACUUGGGGACGAUUGAGGAAUUCUUGCAACACAUAGAUGAAAACUCGAUAUUCUCAAAAAAGUUUAGUAUAGAACAUGAUGGAAAAGUUUAUAGUGACAUCAAGAAUUAUAGAAAAAGGAUGCUAUGUGGAGUACAGUGA